GGAAAUUACGUCGCUAUGGUAACGGAUGAAACUCUGCAACGAUUAGCUAGCUUGUUAGCAAGUCUAGCUAACUUCUUUAUUUCCUGUUGCUUGUUGUAUAUGGUUUUACCAUAGGCAGUAGGGUUUUACCUAGCUAGCUAGCGUUACUUUAUUGACGUGCGAUGGAAGGGUCCGAUACAUACCUCAUACGACCUAAUCAUCAGUACAAGUUUAAGCCAGCCAUUGUGAAGGAGUGCAUUCGUGAAAUUGUGAGGGAGCGACUGUCUGGGAUGCUGUAUGAUCCAGAGGAAGUCCCAGAGCUGUCCCGUUCACUGGCAGAUGGCAUUAAGGACAAAGUGAAGAAUGCAGGGUUUGACAGAUAUAAGCUUGUCGUUCAGGUGGUCAUUGGAGAACAACGAGGACAAGGAAUCAAGAUGUCUUCAAGGUGUUUGUGGGAUGCUGACACAGACAACUAUGCAGAAGAUGUUUUCAUGAACGACAGCUUGUUCUGUGUGGUGGCAGUUUUCGGAAGCUAUUACUACUGAGGACAAGAGGAUGGAUAACAAUUCUUUCACAUGAAAGCUGUGAGGUGAACAUCCAAAUGAGACUGCUCGCCGUCAGCACUUCGGGUCCACGGUGCGUUGAUCUGAAGUAACUGUAAAUGUAUUUGGUGCAUCAAGACAGAUGACAUUCAGUGUAGAAGUGAUGGAUGUCUGUGCUGAUACAGUAGUGAUGUUACAUUGAAGGACUUCAACAGGGUUUACUGACUUGGCAAGAUGAUUAUUGAAGACUGAGGCCUCUUAAAAAAGUUACCUGUUGUUCACUUUGAAGGGUUAACAGAUUAAACAUGUCCCCACCAAUAUUUCCAGAAACAUUUAAUGUCUAUUCAGCAGACCUGCUAGAUUAGCAGAAUGCUUGUAAUCCCAACUGAAUGUACUGCAGUACAGUGUGUAUUUGUACUACACUUUGGGUGCUUGACUUAGCACAUGAGCUACAGUAGAGGUCAGUAUUUCUCUCUGAUUGUCAACUUCAUUACAGGUUAUUACUGUCGAAAUGAGUAGAAAGCAACACGCACACCACUUUCUUUAUCUCCUUUGUGGUACAGGGAAUUAAUUCCCCCUAAGUUUAAUCAAAACAAAUCAAUCUGCAUUUUGUUUUUGUUGUCUUUGUUUUUUUUCAUAUGGCCAUAAUACAUAUUUCAUGCGUGGAGGACUUGGGCCUAGCAUGAAAAUGAGGACAGUAUCUGUCACACAUACAAGGAACAGAUUUUUUUUAAUGGUUUUUCCCUCAGAAAUAUAAAAUAUUGAUCAAUUUUGAUUAAAUAUGUUAUUCCUUUUGAAGCAGUAGUUUGAUGUAGCACGACGGACAUUUGUAUUAUUUUUGACAAUUGUAAUAAAAUAGCGUUGAUUUUA